AUGUCCUCAUUAUUCAAGGCAGGGAAACGACGCUCAAAGCCUGAGGAUAUGUACCUAGGCAAAAUUGUCCAUAAAGCUGGUCCACUGAAGGCUGAGAUUCGUCUGGCACAGGCUGUCUCCGAGUUUGAAGCAGACCUCUCCACAGAUCAAAAAGUCGACUUAACAUCUUAUAAAUUCCAGCUCACCAAGACUCCGCCAACAAUGCACGAUGUUAUGCGACUCACCGCUCACAUCGAUCGCCAAACAUCUAGGAAAAUAAACGGUGGCCGAUGCUUUGGACCUCGUUUGACCAAUAUACUGCAGUCCAUCCAGCAGUUCGCAGCCCUCGGAGACAUUAUAAUCGGCGGCUCGCAGAGUCUUAUAGCAUGUGGCGUCUGGUCAAUUGCGCGGUUUGCGUUGAUGGCAGUUGUGAACUUUUCGUCUCAACUUGAAAAGUUAUCUAGUCUAUUCAUGAUUGCUGGUCGCUCGGCGCCACGUUACGACAGAUUAGCGCUAUUGUAUCCCCGGUCCCAGGCGCUACAGUCGCACCUAUCAGAGUACUUCAUUGUCAUCGUUCAGCUCUGUCACCAUGUCUUAAAGUUCAUGAAGAAGCCAGCCCUAGGGCAAAUGGUAUCGGAUUUUGUCAGCUUCGAAGUACAAAGCUUUCAAUCAGAGCUUGAGCAAUGGGCAAGCUCUAUCAAAGAAGAAGUGUAUGUGCUCAAUAUUGAGGAGCAAGGUACACGCUUCAAGACAUUGAUGCUCCAUUCUAAAUCUGAAGAUAACCGUCAAAGACUCGAGAAACGCGUCCACGUGCUUGAUACUUGCUCCACAUACGAUCACCAGAUGACAUGGAAGCAGAUCCGAAAGCUAGGCAAUGCAUCCUUUGUUCAACAGACUUCUGAGUACACGGCUUGGAAGGAUAGCACGGGUUCUACAUCCUUGAUAUGUAUAGGAAAGCUGGGAUCUGGCAAAUCGGUUUUACUAGCCAACAUUGUUGAUGAUCUCAACCUUCAUAUAAAUGGAGCUAGACAUCCUGUGGCCUACUUCUUUUGUCAACACGAUCUCCUCGAAAGCCUUAAGGCAGAGACGAUUAUCAAGUCUCUGGCACGACAACUGUUGCAUAUCUUAGAUGAUCUCUCUAAAGCAGACGACAUUCUCGAUGGGACCAGCCCGUAUUAUGAUUCUGAGACGAUACUUUGCCUGCUCGAACAUGUCUUGCCGUCUAGCUUCAAGGCAUAUUUUGUCUUAGACGGCUUAGACGCGUGUGAUCCUUAUCAGAAAAAGGAGUUAAUUAAGAACAUUAGAAGGCUCCAGUAUAGCUUUACACUGCAUCUCUGUGUGUCUCUCAGACUGGAAGCUGGUAAUAUCACUCAUGAAAGCAUAGAACAAUUUUCUAAUCAUAGUAUCGUGACAAUUCCUGAAGGGAAUCCCGAUAUUGAGGCUUUUAUCAGCACUGAAUUGGAAUCGCGUAUUGAAUCUGGAGAUCUGGCAAUAACAGACCCUACUGUGAUAAUUGAGAUCCAAGACGCUUUAAUGAACGGGGCCCAGGGAAUGUUUCUCUGGGUAUAUCUUCAGAUCGAAUCUUUAUGCACCGCCAAGACUGAUGAAGCUAUUCGCCAAACUCUAGCCGAACUACCAAGAAAUCUCCCAGAAACAUUUUCUCACAUCCUGAAAAGAUGUGCAAAGUUAGGAGAGACGUAUCAGACGCGCAUAUUGGAACUCAUCACCGUUGCCUACCGACCCUUGAAAGCGAAAGAACUUCAAGAAGCCUUGAGCGUAGUUCCCGGAGAAACAGAGUGGAACUCUGCUCGGCAGCUCAGCGAUGUAUAUUCUGCGCUGGCCUGUUGUGGAAGCCUUAUCAUAGUUGAUGAAGAAGAUCUUACUGUUAGGUCAAUUCAUCAUAGCGUGAGGCAGUUUCUACUUAGUGGAUCUUAUAUUUGCGCCGACACCGGCGCUAUCUUUACAGAAGAAAAUGCGUUCAGGAUAAUGGCAAGUAUCAUAAUCACUUAUAUGAACUACGGUAUUUUCGAGACUCAAGUGUCCAGUACUGUACUACCACAGGUAAAUGGUGAAGCUAUGCCAUCUAAGAUCAUUCGGUCAAUGAAUCAUGUUCCAAACCAAGCUCGCAAUCUUGCGAUUCAAUUGUUAAGGUCGAAGAGAGAGCCAAAAUUUGAUUUGACAAAAGCUCUUGAACAGGCGAAAAGUCGAUUCAACUCCCCUGAUGUAUAUCAGUUCCAACUUCGCUUCUACGCAACAAGAUACUGGCGACGGCAUAUUGGCUUUAUCUCAGCACUGGAUGAUCCUGCCCAGUACGCACUACUACUUCGUCUAUUUCAGCGAGGUAUAUUUGAUAUUGGUGCUAGAGGCGAUGGCGAUCAUACUUUGGUACUUUGGGCAGUGAACAACGGAGACGAGGCUGUCUUCAAAAUGCUCAUUGAGAAGAACAGUGACCUGGUGAACGAAAGCAACCCAGAUAUACUGUACCUGGCAGCAGAAAACGGAUGUGACCGCAUUUUUCAACUGAUUCUCAAGCACCUGCCAUUCCGAUUCUCGUGGUAUAUGCAAGAGGCUUUAUUCCGGGCAGCAAAGAGAGGUCACGCAGCAAUUGUUAGGGCACUUUUCGAGAAAGCUCCCACCCUCAACAGUGAACAAGCGUUAUUUGAGGCAGCAGAGAGUGGAAAAUUCGAAAUUGUUGAGCUACUCAUCGAAAACGGCACCAACCUUGAGAGCCAAGACAAAUAUGGAAGGACACCACUGCUUCUAGCAGCAAAGAAUGGGGAUUUGGAACUUGUUCAGCUACUCAUCGAAAAAGGCGCCAACCUUGAGAGCCAAGACGAAGAUAGAAGGACACCACUGCUUCUAGCAGCAGAGAAUGGGAAUUUGGAACUUGUUCAGCUACUCAUCGAAAAAGGCGCCAACUUUGAGAUCCAAAACAAAUAUGGAAGGACGCCACUACUUCUAGCAGCAAAGAAUGGGAAUUUGGAACUUGUUCAGCUACUCAUCGAAAACGGGGCCAACCUUGAGAACCAAUAUUAUUUUAUGCUUACCCUCGCAGCAAAGAAUAGACACUUAGCAGUUAUUCAGCUACUCAUCGAAAGGAGCGGCGGAAUUGAAGGACGAGACACAUCCGGCAAGACACUACUGCUUCUAGCAGCAAAGAAUGGGAAUUUGAACCUUAUUCAGCUACUCAUCGAAAAAGGCGCCAACCUUGAGAGCCAAGAUAAAUAUGGAAGGACACCACUGCUUCUAGCAGCAGAGAAUGGGAAUUUGGAACUUGUUCAGCUACUCAUCGAAAAGAACGCCAACCUUGAGAGCCAAGACAAAGAUGGAAGGACACCACUGCUUCUAGCAGCAGAGAAUGGGAAUUUGGAACUUGUUCAGCUACUCAUCAAAAAAGACGCCAACCUUGAGAGCCAAGACAAAUAUGGAAGGACACCACUGCUUCUAGCAGCACAAGAUGGGAAUUUGGAACUUUUUCAGCUACUCAUUAAAAAAGGCGCCAAGCUUGAGAUCCAAGACAAAUAUAGAAGGACACCACUACUUCUAGCAGCAGAAAAUGGGAAUUUGGAACUUGUUCAGCUACUCAUUGAAAAAGACGACAACCUUGAGAUCCAAGACAAAUAUGGAAGGACACCACUGCUUCUAGCAGCAGAGAAUGGGAAUUUGGAACUUGUUCAGCUACUCAUCGAAAACGGGGCCAACCUUAAGAACCAAUAUUAUUUUAUGCUUACCCUCGCUGUAAAGAAUAGGCACUUAGCAGUUGUUCAGCUACUCAUCGAAAAGGACGCCAAGCUUGAGAGCCAAGACGAAGAUAGAAGGACACCACUGCUUCUAGCAGCAGAGAAUGGGAAUUUGGAGCUUAUUCAGCUACUCAUCGAAAAAGGCGCCAACCUUGAGAUCCAAGACGAAUAUGGGAAUUUGGAACUUGCUCAGCUGCUCAUCAGCAAUGGGGCCAACCUUAAGAGACCGCAUCUAUAUACCACAACAGCAUUGCUACUAGCAGCAAAGAAUGGGAAUUUAGAACUUGUUCAGCUACUCAUCAAAAAAGGCACCAAAAUUGAGAUCCAAGACGAAUAUGGAAGGACACCACUACUCCUAGCAGCAAAGAAUGGGAAUUUGGAACUUGUUCAGCUACUCAUCGAAAAAGGCGCCAAAAUUGAGAUCCAAGACAAAUAUGGAAGGACACCACUGCUCCUAGCAGCAGAGAAUAGGAAUUUGGAACUUGUUCAGCUACUCAUCAAAAACGGCGCCAACCUUGAGAUCCAAGACGAAGAUAGAAGGACACUACUGCUUCUAGCAGCACAGAAUGGGAAUUUGGAACUUGUUCAGCUACUCAUCGAAAAAGGCGCCAACCUAGAGAGCCAAGACGAAUAUGGAAGAACACCACUGCUUCUAGCAGCACAAGAUGGGAAUUUGGAACUUGCUCAGCUACUCAUCGAAAAAGACGCCAACCUUGAGAUCCAAGACAAAUAUGGAAGGACACCACUGCUCCUAGCAGCAGAGAAUGGGAAUUUGGAACUUGUUCAGCUGCUCAUCAAAAAAGGCGCCAACCUUAAGAACCAAUAUUAUUUUAUGCUUACCCUCGCAGCAAGGAAUAGGCACUUCGCAGUUGUUCAGCUACUUAUCGAAAGGAGCGGUGGAAUUGAGAGACGGGAUAUAUCCGGCAAGAUACUACUACUUCUAGUAGCAAAGAAUGGGAAUUUGGAACUUUUUCAGCUACUCAUCGAAAAAGGCGCCAACCUUGAGAGCCAAGACGAAAAUGGAAGGACACCACUGCUCCUAGCAGCAAAGAAUGGGAAUUUGGAACUUGUUCAGCUACUCAUCGAAAAAGGCGCUAACCUUGAGAGCCAAGACGAAAAUGGAAGGACACCACUGCUUCUAGCAGCAAAGAAUGGGAAUUUGAAACUUGUUCAGCUACUUAUCGAAAACGGCGCCAACCUUGAGAGCCAAGACAAAGAUGGAAGGACACCACUGCUCCUAUCAGCAGAGAGUGGAAAGUUCGAAAUUGUUGAGCUACUCAUCGAAAAUGGCACCAACCUUGAGAGCCAAGAGAAAUAUGGAAGGACACCACUGCUUCUAGCAGCAAAGAAUGGGGAUUUGGAACUUGUUCAGCUACUCAUUGAAAAAGGGGCCAACCUUGAGAGCCAAGACGAAUAUGGAAGAACACCACUGCUUCUAGCAGCACAAGAUGGGAAUUUGGAACUUGCUCAGCUACUCAUCGAAAACGGGGCCAACCUUGAGGGACCGAAUGUAUUUGGCACAACAGCACUAGAAUUAGCAGCUGACAGUGGGCACUCGGCAGUUGCUGAGCUGUUCAUCGAAAAAGGCGCCGACAGCCUCGAUAUAUUUGGCUAG